AUGGAUCGUUUGGCAACUGUGUGUAUUGCGCUUUUAUUGGCCUCCGCAUCGGCUACUAAUGUUAGGCAAUGCAAAAAUGGUCAGCCGUACCCACUUGGUGUUGACAUCGAGGGCUGUGACCAGCUACCAUGUAAUGUUGUCAAAGGCGGAAGAGCGCUAAUGAAAGUCAACUUUGUGGGCACUCGCGAUAAUAUUAAGCAAAUAAGAGCCGUUGUACAUGCCACCGCCUUGGGCAUCACGGUGCCCUAUGAACUGCCCGAAGAGGUGGCCGAUGUUUGCCGCAAUUUAUUGUAUGGCGCUUCUUGUCCCAUCGAAAAGUCCGAGGAUGUGAGCUACAAUUUUAUUUUUGACGUUGAUUCCUCAUAUCCGGAAAUCAGCGUGAAGGUGCAACUGAAUUUAGUUGACGAAAACGACGAAUCUGUUGCCUGUUUCAUUACCGAUAUAAAGGUACAGAAGGCAUAG